AUGGCGUGGGUGAUCUCUGUCACCUGCCUCCUCAUCCCACAGUUCCUCCUUCUGGGCUUGCGGCCUUUUGAUGCCACCACAGGCUUCCUGUCUAUGCUUCCUCUCCCCUCCCACACAUGCAGAUUUGUCUUCUCUCAGAGGGCGCCCAGAAGGACUGUCCCAGGCCCCGAGGACGCCAUUCUGGCUGCUGCUGGUGCGCAUGCGGUGCGGAGGGUCCCCGUUCAGGAGCCGAGCUACCAGCUGGAACUGCUGAGGCCUGUGACGGUGCAGGAGGGUCUGUGUGUCCUGAUGCCUUGUGAAUUUUCCUACCCUGGGCCUGCCUAUGGAGCUCCCCACGUGAUUUGGUUCCAGAAAGGGGCAGAUAUUACCCAUGAUCCCCCAGUGGCCACAAACAAACCAGAACAGAAGCAGCAUGAGGGAACCCAGGGCCGGUUCUUCCUCCUUGGGGACCCCCAGGCUGACAAUUGCUCCCUGGGCAUCAGAGACAUCAACAUGGGGGACAGCGGGAGUUACUACUUCCGAAUGGAAAUACCUCAGGAAACACUCCUACCUAGGGACCCUGCGGUGUGGCCGCCCCCAGAACCUGACCUGCUCUGCACCCUGGGCCUGUGAGCCGGGCGUGCCCCCCACCUUCUCCUGGACGUCAGCCACCCUCACUUCCCUGGGCUGCCUGUCUUCGGUGCUCACCCUCACCCCACGGCCCCAGGACCAUGGCACACACUUCACCUGUCAGGUGAAGUUCCCCACAAGCUGUGU